AUGCGAGAGUUUACUAUGAAGCAAAUAACAGUUAUUGGAUCUUUGAACUAUGAUUUAGUCACCUACACCGACAUAGUUCCUGAAGGGGGUGAAACAGUACAAGCCAAUGCCUUUGAGAAUCAUUUGGGAGGAAAAGGAUUGAACGAAUCUAUUGCUGUGGCCAGAUUAAGUAAGGAUACUGAGGUUAGAAUGAUAGGAAAUGUUGGUAAUGAUUCUUUUGGAAAAGAGCUUAAACAAGCAUUGAUCGAUGCUAAAGUCGACACUUCAUAUAUAAAGACCAUUGAAGGGAUUUCAUCAGGUGUGGCGGUGAUUUUGGUAGAAAAAUCAGGAGAGAACAGAAUCUUAAUCACUGCUGGUGCCAAUGGGGAAUUAAAACCUAGUGUUGAAGAUUAUGAAACUUACUUCGAACAAGACACUGGUUUUGUAUUAUUACAAAAUGAGUAUCCUCAUACUAUUGAAUCUAUCAAUUGGUUGAAAUCAAAUAGACCAAGCAUCAAUAUCUCAUAUAAUCCAUCACCUUUUAAACCUGAAUAUAUUAAGAGUGAAGUAUUAUCCAAAAUCGAUUUGUUAAUUGUAAAUGAAACUGAAGCUUUGGAUGUUGCUGGAAGUUUAUUAUCGGCUGAAGAAGCUGAUAAGUUCAAGACUCGAACUGAUGAAUCUGAAAUGAAUGGAUUCAAAGAAUUGAGUGAAAAAUUAGUCAAAUUGAUUAAUCAAGACAAUAUUAAUCUUGUCAUCAUCACUAUGGGAAGUAAAGGAUGUCUUUAUUCAAGCAAAUCUACUGGUACUGCCUUCCAAGCAUCAGAAAAAGUUAAGAAUGUGGUUGAUACUACUGGAGCUGGUGAUACCUUCUUUGGAGGUGUAGUUUCUCAAUUAAGUAAUGGAUCAACUAUCCCAGAAGCAGUCAAAUUCGCUACUAAAGCUAGUAGUUUAGUCAUUCAAAAAAAAGGUGCAGUAGAGAGUAUUCCAUUUGCUGAAGAUGUUGAAAAAUUAUAA